CUGUGAAGGCCUCUUCAGAACAAGAAAGCUGGGAAACACAGAGAUAGAUCGAGAGAGAGAGAGAGAGAGAGAGAGAGAGAGAGAGAGAGAAGGAGGGAGGGAGGAGGAAUUCUGUUCCAUUUGACGAUACUUCACUGUUUGCAUGAGAGCCUGUUGGCGAAUUCAGAAGAGCUUUUGCUGAACUAGUUCGUAGUCCAUCAAUGAAUCAAUAUGUUCCUGACUGGACCAUGGAAGAUGAUUCUGGACGUUUGACAGAUCUCCUUCCCAUGACAAAUCAAAGGAAACCAAUGGGACCUGAUAACGAGCUUGUGGAGCUGUUAUGGAGGAAUGGACAUGUUGUAAUGCACAGCCAGACUCACCGGAGAAGUCCGGUCGGUGAAUUCAAACAAGCUUCGAAACCUGAUCCAGUGCAGAAAUAUGAGCAAUCCCUUGGGGAUUCCAGUAACUUGAUCCAAGAGGCUGAGGCUGCAUCAUGGUUCCAGUUCCCUCUCGAUGACUCCUUCGAAAAAGAAUUCUGUUCCGAGUUCUUCCCUGAAAUCACAGGCACAGACACAGUUGUCUCCGAAAAGAUCAGCAAGGAUUUCACUGCGGAGGAAGAAGAUAGGUACUUAAAAUUCGGUUUCACCGAUGACGGCACUGCUUUCACAGCACCUGCUCCUAAGCAGUCCGUUCCUCAUCCCCAGGACAACAUUAUGCCCCCUCCUAGAUCACAUGUUAUGGGCUCUACGCCACAAUCUUCCUCCUUAGAAAAUUCUAACAGUGGUGUCCUCAACUUUCCUCACUUCUCAAAGCAAGUGAAGGCUGAUUUGGGAUCCUUGAGUUGCCGACUGGGGCACAGAGGAUCUGGGAGCAAUAGCAAGGCAGGUGCCCAGGAGUCCUCAAUGAUGACAGUUGGGUCAAGUGCUUGUGGAAGUAAUCAAAUUCAAGCUCAGACCGAUCCAAGCAAUAAUAUUAGCAAUGAUGCAGCUGACAUUGUCACAAGACUUAGAGAGGGCACUGGCAUGAGGCUUCUCUCUGAGAGAAUGCAAUCCAAGGCACAUGAAGGCACUGUAACUUCAUCUUCAGGUGGUUCUGGCUGCAGUUAUGGAAGAUCAGCACAGCAGAAUGAGAGCAAUCACAGCCACAAGAGGAGGAAGGCAAGAGAUGUGGAAGAAUCUGGGUGCCAGAGUGAGGAAGCUGAAUACGAGUCAAUCGAUGAGAAGAAGCAGGCUACACGACCGACGUCCAAACGAAGAAGCCGUGCUGCUGAGGUCCACAAUCUCUCAGAGAGGCGAAGAAGAGAUAGAAUAAAUGAGAAAAUGAAGGCUCUGCAGGAGCUCAUACCUCAUUGCAACAAGACAGAUAAAGCAUCAAUGCUGGAUGAAGCAAUUGAGUACCUGAAAACGCUUCAGCUGCAAGUUCAGAUGAUGUGGAUGGGAAGUGGCAUGGCGUCGAUGAUGUUUCCAUGUGUCCAACAAUACAUUUCAGGCAUGGGAAUGGGAAUUGGAAUGAGUCAUGCAUCCAUGUCUGCUAUUCAUAGUGCAGUUCAAUUGCCAAGAGUUCCAUUUGUCAAUGCAUCUGUAGCCCCAGUUUCCAGUGGAAACCAGGCAUCAUUUUUACCCUCCCCAGCUAUAAAUGCAGCAAACUUUCCCAGCCAGAUGCAGAACAUUCAUCUUCCCGAAUCAUAUGCCCGGUACCUUGGUUUUCAUAACUUUUGUGCAUAUGGAUCGCACAUGGUGCAGCAUAAUCAAUCAGCAGCAUCACCUGAUACCACUCUCCCGUCUGCUGCCGGAGGACCUACAAGUAUCAGGAACAACAAAUCUGAUUAAAGGAGGAACUUCAAAUCUAGAGUCUGCUCUACUCUUUAUCUCGGACAAUUCUUUGUGGACUUGCCGCCGAGUUGGUGCCGCAAAGAUACGGGGUCAGAAGAUUGGAAUUGACCGAUCACCAUGUUGCCUUCUCCUUGUUAAUCCUCCUGAUCACCUGCUGAAGCCAGAAAUUGUUAUGUAUAUUACAAGGGAAUGAGAAAUUCUGGCCUUUAGUUGAGCUAGAAACUCAAGCUAGUACAAGGUACUUGUUAUCUUAUUGUGCAAAAUAUCAAUAGAAUACGUAUUUUUUAUUCA